AUGGGAUCCCCUCCUGCCUUCAUGGCACUGGCUUGCCUCUCCAUGGCUGCAGCAUCGACGGGAGGAGAAGGCAGCAUGAACCUUCACGAUGCGAUGGUGGUGGAUCAGGAUGGGCAUAAGAUGCGAUUGGAGGACGCAGCGAAGGGUCGCACGGUCGGGCUCUACUUUGCCGGCGAAUGGUGUCCCAUGUGCAGAAGUUUCACACCGAAACUCAAGGAGUUCUUCAAUGAGAAGGCGCAGGACAAGCAGACGGGGAACCAAAGAGCCACCAUAGUCUUUGUGAGCUCGGACUUCUCCAAGGAGGCGGCAGACUCUCACUUCAGGAAUCAAGGGAACUGGCUCUACCUCGAUUACGACUCGCCCCUACGUCAGCAGCUCAAGCAGAAGUUCAGGAUAUGGGGAGGGAUGGAGUCUUCUUCGCUCGGAUUCGACAGGAGGAGUGGAAUCCCCGGCAUGGUUGUGAUUGGGAGAGACGGCAACGAGAUCACAUACAUGAAUACUGAGAGCAAAGGCGUCAAGGCUUUGGAGGCAUGGAAUCUCGAUUCAAAUGCAUGGUGA